UUGAAGUCAGAAUACAAAUAUAUUAAGGCCGCUGCGUGUGUUAUGCCAUCAGUUUGAGAUUUGUUUUCACAGAGUGAAGUUCAAUAUCACCAAAAACAGAAGAAGAAAAAACUAGGUUUUGAAAACGAAAUCGGCUACAAGUGAAGGAAAAAGUAAAACAAAAUCUCAAGCCAAGGAGAAAAAAUAUUUGAAAUUGUUUCGAAAUAACACCAGAAAAAAAAGAAAAGAUUCCAAGAAUUUAAUUUAAGCAGAUAAUGCUGUGGUUGGUGAUAAAAAUUUAAUUACCAAGAAAUUUAAAGUGAAGUGAUAAAUAAAUAACAGAAAAUUGGAAAAUUUCCAAAGAAAUUACAACAACAUGAAGAAAAUAUCAAUGAUAAAUUGUGUGUGGGUCUUGAUUUUAAUACCCCAAAUUUGGGGAUUAAAUUUCGGUUACACCUCAAGAGUUUGAUGGCAAAACAGCAGUUACAAAUCGAUCCGGAGGGUCGUUUCGAUAUUAUCGAAAGGCCAGAACAAUUUAUAACAAUUGAUAAACAGAUUGCUCCCAAUACCAAAGGUAACACGGCCGGUAAAUCACCCGCCCAUGUCCAGCAUUUACUGGAACUGGCUGCGGCAGAAGCCGAUCGCGAAUCUAUGAUGUCAUCGAAAAAAGGACGCAAAAAACCACAAAAUCACAUGCCUGCCUUCCUCUACAAUGGCGAGGCCAGCAAAAUACAAUCGAAUGCCAAAAAUAUUGAACACGAUAUACACCACAAUUUCUUUUAUGAGCGCAACAUCAUUAGCCAGCCCAGUGUUCCGCCAGAGAAACUGAUAAACGAGAAGAAAGACAAGGGUGAUGAUUCUUCGGGCAUACCCAAGGAGCAACUGAGACAAAUGACCCUAAAAAGGCGUCUCUUUAAACAGUUGAAGGGUAAAAAAGUGAGAGUGGGUGGUGGCGGUGCCAUGGAGGGUGGUCGUUUUAAGAAACACAAAAAACGCCACAAUCAAAAACACCAUGCACCAAGUCACAAAAAGGAUGAUUCGUCAAAACGGAAAAAGGAAAUGAUCAGUCCUAAAUUGCCUAGAGCUCAAAAACAUCUCUUGACCCAGUAUCAACAACAAAAUGAUGUUCAUCGCAGCCGGAGAGCUGUGACGGCGAAGAAAGAACGUAUCUGGGACUAUGGGGUGAUACCCUAUGAAAUUGAUCACAUUUUCAGUGGGGCCCAUAAGGCGCUGUUCAAACAGGCCAUGCGGCACUGGGAAAAUUUUACAUGCAUUAAAUUUGUGGAGAGAGAUCCGAAAGUGCAUCCCAACUAUAUUUAUUUCACCAUCAAGAAUUGCGGAUGCUGUUCAUUUGUGGGCAAACGUGGAAAUGGACGUCAGGCCAUUUCGAUUGGACGCAAUUGUGAAAAAUUCGGCAUUGUCGUCCAUGAAUUGGGUCACGUUGUUGGAUUUUGGCAUGAACACACCCGAGUGGAUCGUGACAAUCACAUUAUCAUCAAUAAGGCGAACAUUAUGAAGGGUCAGGAGUACAAUUUUGAUGUCCUUUCUCCGGAGGAUGUUGAUUCGUUGGGCCUGCCCUAUGACUACAAUUCCAUAAUGCAUUAUGCCCGCAACACCUUCUCGAAAAGUGUCUAUCUCGAUACAAUACAACCGAUCGGUGUGAGAGAACAUGAAAAAAUCGAAAUUGGCCAGAGAGUUCGGCUGAGUCGUGGCGAUAUUGCCCAAGCUAAUCUCUUGUAUAAGUGUGCCACAUGUGGUCGAACAUUUCAACAGAAUGCAGGACAAAUUAUUGCCCCGCAUUAUAAUUAUCGAUCGAGUGUACGGGAUCGUGAGAAUGAUUUGGAUGUUGAGGGUAGCGGAAAUGGAGUGUAUGAUGAAGAUGGCGAUGAGACGUCAACGGAUUUUGAUAAGUCCUUGGAGUCGUGUGAAUGGAGAAUAACGGCAACUAAUGGUGAAAGGAUUAUACUGCAAUUGCAUCAAGUGAAUUUAUUAUCAUCACCUGAUUGCUCCAAGGAUUAUAUCGAAAUACGAGACGGCUAUUGGCAUAAAUCGCCGGUUAUUCAACGACUCUGUGGAAAUCAUACAUCUGUUACCAUAAAAAGUGAUUCCAGCCGAAUGCUUAUUAGUUACGUCAACAGGCACGGAGGAAGUAAGGGUUAUCGUGGUUUCAUUGCGGACUUUGAAGUUGUAUGUGGUGGCGAUAUUUUUCUAACCGAAGAUCGGCGCAUAGACUCACCCAACUAUCCCUUGGAGUAUUUCCCCGACAAGGAAUGCAUUUGGCGUAUAACGGUUCCGGAUAAUCAUCAGGUGGCAUUGAAAUUUCAAUCCUUUGAAUUGGAAAAUCAUGAUAACUGCAUUUACGAUUAUGUCGAGAUAAGGGAUGGCAAUAGUUCCGAUGCGGAUUUGAUUGGAAUAUUUUGUGGCUAUAAAUUGCCGCCCAAUAUUAAGACAAAUGGCAAUCAAAUGUAUGUGAAGUUCGUAUCUGACGGUUCGGUGCAAAAAGUUGGCUUCUCGGCCGAGUUCAUGCAGGAAGUCGAUGAGUGCCAGUUCAAUAAUCAUGGCUGUCAACAUGAAUGCAUCAACACCCUGGGCAGUUAUCAGUGUGGCUGUUUUGCCGGCUAUGAAUUGCAGGCGGAUGGCCGAAGUUGUGAAGAUGCUUGUGGCGGCAUCAUUGAUGCCAGUGUGGGUAAUGGUACGGUAAAUUCUCCUGGGUGGCCAGAUGUUUAUCCCAUCUCCAAGGAGUGUGUGUGGGAAAUAGUUGCCCCACCCCAUCAUGCCGUCUUCCUGAAUUUUACCCAUUUCGAUUUGGAGGGCACAAAAAUGCAAUACACCGAAUGUAAUUAUGAUUAUUUGGUAAUCUAUUCUAAGCUGAGAGAUAAUCGUCUAAAGAAAAUUGGGGUCUAUUGUGGCCAUGAGUUGCCACCCACAAUCAAUUCGGAGCAGAAUAUAUUACGUUUGGAAUUCUACUCGGAUAAGUCGGUGCAGCAUUUGGGAUUUUCGGCCAAGUUUGAGACGGAUACCGAUGAGUGCAGCAUCAACAAUGGCGGCUGCCAGCAUUUCUGUCGCAACACUUUUGGUUCCUAUGUGUGCAGUUGUCGCAACGGUUUCACUUUGGAUGAAAAUCACCACAACUGUACCGAGACCAGUUGUAAAUUUGAAAUCACCAAUCCAUAUGGUGUCAUCUCCAGUCCCCAUUAUCCUGAGGAUUAUCCGCGCAACAUUUAUUGCUACUGGCAUUUCCACACGGUUUUGGGUCAUCGCAUCCAGCUGACAUUCCAUGAUUUUCAAUUGGAAAAUCAUCAGGAGUGCAUCUAUGACUAUGUGGGUAUCCACGAUGGCAAAUCGGAGAAUAGUUCCAUUUUGGGUAUAUAUUGUGGUGGCAGGGAGCCCUAUGCCGUGGUGGCCUCCUCCAAUGAUAUGUUUAUGGUUUUGAAAACGGAUGCAGGGUUGCAGCGUAAGGGGUUUAUGGCAACCUAUUCGACGGAAUGUGGUGGCUAUCUAAGGGCCACAAAUCGCAGUCAAAUAUUUUAUUCCCAUCCCAGGUUUGGUUCACGAAACUACAAACGCAACAUGUACUGCAAUUGGCGCAUACAGGCCGAUCCCGAUAGCAGUGUUAAAAUAAAGUUCCUACACUUUGAAAUUGAAUAUUCGGAUAGAUGUGACUAUGACUCGGUGGAAAUCUCCGAGGAGCAAAGUUUUCAAAGGAAUACCUUCCAUGGCAAAUAUUGUGGAAAUAGGAAACCCCCCGUCAUUGUGUCCUAUUCCGACACCAUACUAAUACGCUUCCAAACCGAUGAAUCCACAUCGCUGCGAGGAUUUGCUCUCUCCUUUGUGGCCGUUGAACCACCAGAUGAUGAUGUGUCCGAUGAUUAUAUGUCUGUGACCCCAUUCCCGGGCUACAUGAAGUCUGUCUACUAUGGCACCGACACCAAUUUCGGCAAUGACUACGAUCAAGACGAUUAUCGGGGUAUACGAAAUUACAAACCCCAUCGCUCAACGGGCCAACGAUUACGUCUCAAUUGAAUUAAUUUCUCACCGAUUUUAAAACAAAAAUAAAAUCAGUUGUGAAAUAAAAUUCAUAAAAUGUUGGUUCCUCCAUUGUUUUUGUUCUCAUCACAAAAAAAAAACACAUUAAUUUUAAUUACUAAAUUAGUUGUUGUUUAUUAUUAUUAUAUUGUACAUUAAAAGCCUUUGUAAAUAUUUGCCCUCUAAGAUAUCUAAGAGAUAACACUCACACACACACACACCCAACCACCCACACAAUUGUAUAAAGUCCACAGAACCAUAAAUUAAUUUUUAUGUUUUCUUUUUAUGUGUACUAAUUAAAUGUUGAUAUGAAAUUAAUAUAAAUUAAGUUUAAAAGAAAAAAAUUAAA